AUGCCUUUUCAAUUUUCUAUGAAGAAAGUGAAGGGAAGGGAGUUGCAGAAUUCAAAGAGAGCACCAAUGAAGGAUGUUGUGUCCGGAUUUGUUUUCUCAGUGAUGUUUAAGCUGGUCAUUGGAGCUGUUAAAGGAAGAGGCAAAGAUUGGGGUCCAUCGAUAUUCAGUUCAUUGAUAAAGAGAGCUGAAGAUUUAGCAUUUCUGGAGAAAGACGAUGGCUUGGAUUCAUUGCAGGUCAUAGGCAGAGGAGGAUGUGGGGAAGUUUACAAAGCCGAAUUGCCGGGAAGUAAUGGAAAAAUGAUUUCUAUUAAGAAGAUCAUUCAGCCUCCAAAAGAUGCAGCUGAUUUGACUGCUGAAGAUAGCAACAUUCUGAACAAGAAAUUGCGUCAAAACCGAUCGGAGAUCACCACUGUAGGUCGAAUUCGACAUCGGAAUCUUGUUUCUUUGUUGGCUCAUGUCACUCGACCUGACUGUCAUUUACUCAUUUACGAAUUCUUGAAGAACGGAAGUUUACAAGAUGUUUUGCGUCAAGUUUCCGAAGGUACAAGGGAGCUCGAUUGGCCUGCUCGGCAAAAGAUCGCAUCAGGAGUUGCAGCAGGACUUGAAUAUCUUCACAUGCAGCAAAGUCCCCGGAUAAUUCACAGAGAUUUGAAACCGGCAAACAUCCUUCUUGACGAUGAUAUGGAAGGUAGAAUUGCGGAUUCCGGGCUUGCAAAAGCAAUGCCUGAUGCAAAGACACAUGUAACCACCGCGAAUUUGGCCGGAACAGUCGGAUAUAUAGACCCGGAAUAUCACCAAACACUCAAGUUCACUGAUAAAUGCGAGAUUUAUAGCUUCGGGAUUACACUCGGUGUUCUGGUGAUAGGAAAGCUUCCAUCUGAUGAUUUCUUUCAACAAACUGAUGAAGUGAGCCCGGUGAAAUGGAUGAGAAACAAACUGGUUUUGGAAAAUCCCAGCCAAGCCAUCGAUCCUAAACUUCUGGGAAUAGGGUACGAUGAACAAAUGAUGUUGGUCCUCAGAAUUGCUUACUUUUGCACUUUGGAUGAUCCCAAGGAGAGACCAAACAGUAAGGAUGUCAGAUGCAUGUUGUCUCAAAUCGAUACCCAAGCUAAUCAAGUCAAUAAUGAUAAUGUCGGACAAGUUGGGUUUAAUCCAUCGGCUACCGUGGAGAUCGAGGAGGGGGCAGCAGUGACUGAGCAUGAUAAUGAUGGAACAGUUUGGGCAGAUAGUAUGAAGAAGAAGAUGAACAAGCACAAAUACAAGAAGCCGAGGAAGCGUCUCAGGAGAAAGACAUAA